AACAAAACACUUUUCUGGGUCACAACAUCAGAGUUUUACCUCUGGAGGAUCAACGGCAGACUUUGUUAUUAAUGGAUUUCAUGUCCAAUAGAUCUUCUAUCCUCUCUUUCGUUCUAUAUUUUUCUUUCUCUCAUCUCUCCAUCUUUUCUGUAUCUUUGUCAUCACUCAUCACUCAAUCCGGCUCUGGAGCUUUUCAGAAAACAGUGUUUUGAACAUGACUGUCCUCUGUCAUGGUCGAAUGUAAACGCAGCCGUUUGCUCCGCCCAUUCUGUUAUAAUGCGACGCGCUUUCCAGUUGAGGAUCACUCACUAUUCGCGCCUAUGAUUCCCCAGAGGCGCACUAAGGAGAAAGCAGGGAACACGGAGACUGGAGGUUCACACACAGACAGGUUCAGACGUGAUGCGCGCUUUGGAGGAUGCGCUGCCCGUAACAUCUUCUGGUUAACUGACAAGUCGGGCGUCUAAUCAAAUAGUCAGAAUGAUUGCCACAGGGGGGCUCCUGCGUAUGAACCGGCGGCAGGAUUCACAGCGCUCUAAGAACCACGCAGAGAACAAGAGAAGGAGGAAACUAGCCAAGAGGAGAAAGAAGAACGACAUUGUAGUGGUAAAAGGAAAACUCAGCCUGCUCUCCCCUUCUGGCCUGGUGGCCGCGCUGGGCCUGGGGGUGCUCAUGGUGGGCAUCGCCAUGGCAGUCCUGGGGUACUGGCCCCACGAAGGACACAGCCAGGGGUACGCAACCAGGGUGUCCCCGGGCGCGGAGAGGAGGGGGAACGGCCGGAUGAGCUACUCCAAGAGUCCCCGGAUGUCAGCGAACUGGAGCAGCUCCAAGACCCACAACGACACAGUGGACCGCGCCGCCGGGGGCUUGGCGAAGCAGACCGGCGUCGCUGUCAAUGGAAGCUCAUCUGUGCCUGUCAAUAGAAGUGUCUCGGUGUCUGCCCCUCCCCCUUCAACUCCUACCUCAGUUGGAUUUGUCUCUGAGUUCCUAGACAGAUACCUGUACUCAGACAACCUGAAGGUUUUCGGCCCCUUGGUGAUGGGGAUUGGCAUCUUCCUCUUCAUCUGCGCUAACGCCGUAUUGCACGAGAACCGGGACCAGAAGACCAAAGUGAUCAACCUCCGAGACAUCUACUCCACUGUCAUCGACCUCCACAGCAAACGGACAAAGAACCCCACGCCGAUUAACGGUUCGGUGAGCUACGCCCAAUGCAGAGGUGGCGGGGACCUCAGCUCAGGCGGGACGCUAAAUCGGGGCACUCAGUCCUCCGCGACCGCACCCAGCAACCAGGGGCCGCAGCAGGCCAGACGAUCAUCGAUGGCGGCCAGGCAGCAGGGCUGGUCCAGGGGUAACCAGACGUUCACAGACACAGUGUACAGCAUCUACAGAGAUCAGAAGCGCAGGUGUUCGGAGCAGUCGUCCUACCCCAGGGAAUGGGAGGGUACCGCCUCCAUCGUGACGUCUUCUGUCAACGCCUUCACUCUCCCUGUCAUCAAGCUGAACAACUGUGAAGUGCGAGAUGAGGGGGUACAGGUCCUGGGGGAGGACACCGACUGCUGCUCCGAUGACGAGAUCAUCCGAGUCCAGGACUUCAGCGAGGACGCGAUCGGGGAGCAGUUGGUUCCGGGAUCCAGUCAGGCUCUGAACAUCAGACACACGCAUCCUUCCAGGAGAGCUUUGUUGAACCCUCAACAAGCCUACAGUCCAGGUUUUAACACAAACGAAAAGGGCCUCCCUAGAAAGUGUUCGUUGAAGGACGCCUCGCGGAUGACCUUGGUCUUGUCGACCCCCCAGGAGGAUGAGAGUCCGACCACAAUUAAACCCCCAAGGGCAGAGCAGGAACAGAGCCUUAGCCCGCUGUCUCCCAUCUCCCCGGUUUCCCGGGAGACAGCGGACACGGGAUCCCGACUGUCCCUCAGCUCCUUGAACAACCAAGAGGGUGGCGUUCAGCCGCAGCUGAUGCGACGAUGCAGCCUCUCAUUGGCCGCCUGUCGUCAAGGGGGCGGGGCCCGGAGGUUGAGCUGUCCGCGUCUGGAUCGGUCGAACAGUAAGGGGUACCUGAAACUGGAGACCACAGACGGGGAGUCCUUCGAGGCACAAGACCUUGCAAACUCCUGCUCGCCUGACUCCCACCAGGAAGGGGAAAAAGAGGUGGACCUGUCCACUCAAGGGGGAGGUGAUGGAGUCGGGGAAGGGAAGGUGGCGAUAGUCACCCGGAGUUGUUCUUAAUCAGAAGACAGACAAUUAUUUCCAAUGGAUUUCCAACGUAGGUUUCAGGAUAAUCUGAUAUCCGGGAUAAAGAGAGAGAGAGAGAGAGAGAGAGAGAGAGAGGGAGAGGGAGAGAGAGAGAGAGAGAGAGUGAGAGAGGGAAAAGGAGAGAUGUAGAGAAAGAUGGGAGAGACCUCCUCAACAGAUUAACUGACUCAUCAUUUCAUCAUUGGAGACUGUACGUAAUCUUUCCCAUCUGUUUGGGAUAACAGCAUGUAGCAGGAUCUACACAGCCGAAGGGGUGGACCAGUCAAAAGUUAGGACACACCCACUCGCUCAAGGUUAUUUCUUUAGUUUUGAUGUCAUAUACUGUAGAAUAAUAGUGAAGACAUCAAAACUAGGAAGUAACACAUGGAAUAACCUAGUAAUCAAAAGAAAUGUUUAACGGAUCAAAAUACACUUAUAUUUCAGAUCCUUCCAAGUAACUAUCCAUUGCCUCGAUGACAACUUUAUACACUCUUGGCAUUCUCUCAACCAGUGUCAUGAGGUAUUCACCUGCCUUUCCAACAGUCUUGAUGGAGUUCCCACAUAAGCUGAGCCACUGGCGUAGCGUGCUGACGGUUAAGAGGAACUGUUUAAGAGAAUGCCAAGAGGGCAAAGGGUGGCUAUUUGUAAAAACAUGCAAUGUGAAAUGUAUUUAGAUUUGUUUCACAAAGUGUUGGUCGCUGCAUGAUUACAUAAAUGUCAUUUCAAAGUUCGACAAUGUGGAAAAUAGACCAAAUAAAUAAAUAAACCUCAAUGAGUAGGUGUGUCCAAACUUUUGACUGGUUA